AUGCACCUCCGCCCAGUACACGCAGAGGCACGUAUCCCAGUGCUACAACAGCUCAUCCGGGAAAACCCUCUGGGCAUUCUAACAACAGCCAUCAAAUCCCCAACUCACCCCUUCCUCCAAUCCAGCCACAUCCCUUUCCUCCUCGACGUUCCCGAAAACUCCUCAGAAGACAACCCAGGAACCCUCCGUGGCCACGUCGCCAAACAAAACCCACAGGCAAAAGCCCUAAUCGACGCCCUCACAGCCACCCAGUCGGAAAAGAACGAUGUCGAAACUCUCGAACUCCCCGACGAAGUCCUCGUCCUCUUCAACGGCCCCCAUCACCAUUACGUAACCCCCAAGUUCUACACAGAGACCAAGCCCGCCACAGGCAAGGUUGUGCCGACCUGGAACUACUCCGCUGUGCAAGCCUACGGCAAGAUAAAGGUAUACUGUGACUCGAAGUCCGACAUUACGGGUGGGUUCUUGCAGAAGCAGAUCGAGGAUUUGUCGCAGCAUGCGGAGACGGGGGUUAUGGGGUAUGCGUCGCCGUGGAAGGUGGCUGAUGCGCCGGAGAACUAUGUGCAGUUGUUGAAGAAGAACAUCAUUGGGAUUGAGAUUCGAAUUGAGCGAUUGCAGGGCAAGUUUAAGAUGAGUCAGGAGAUGGGGAAAGGAGAUCGAGAGGGUGUUAUUGAGGGGUUUGGAAAGUUGGGAACGGAGACGGGUGAGGGGAUUGCGAAGACUGUUCGUGAGAGGUCGGGAUAG